AGGGACUUUGAGGGUCAGUGGUCAGAGAAAGUGAGAGUCUCAGAGGAAGGAGCCCCCGGGAGCAGGGCCCCCCACCUAUGCCAUGGCGAGCACGGUGGUGAAGACCAUCUGGCAAUCCAAAGAGAUCCAUGAGGCUGGGGACCCCACUGAGGGAGUCAAGAGCAGCUCCCAGCUGGUCCCUGAGGCUCCUGGGGGCGUGACCACCCUGGCCAAGGGGAUCCCGAAGAAAAAGAAGGCCGUGUCUUUCCACACGGUGGAGCCUCGAAUGUCCCAGGAGCCAACGAACUGGGGCCUGAACCUCAGAAAGUCCAUGGCCUAUACCAAUGUGUCACUGUUAAACCCGGCGGCCACCAUGGAGCCCACAGACUCCUCAGGGGCAGACUCGGUCACACAAGACAGUGGCUUGCUGGCACUGUCAGUGUCCCCCGCCUCCCCCGCCACACCCUGGGCUUCGGAUGACCCAGACAUCAUGGAAAUACUGAGUGUGGUCAACAGUGGAUUGGUCUGGGCCAAAGACUCCAUCACCAGCUUGAAGGAAAAGACCACCAGGGUUAACCAGCACGUGCAGACACUGCAGAGUGAGUGUUUGGUGCUGAGCGAGAACCUAGAGAGAAGGCAGCAAGAGGCGGAGGAACUAGAAGGUUACUGUAGUCAACUCAAGGAGAGCUGCCUGAAGGUGACCCGGUUGGUGGAAGAUGCUGAAAUAAAAACCAACUUCCUGAAGCAGAACUCUACCCUGUUGGAGGAGAAGCUGCGUUAUCUCCGGCAGCUGGUGCAGGAUGAGACACCAUGGAGGCAGGAGGCCAAGCUGCAGGAGCUAGAGCAGAAACUGGAGGCUGGCCUCUCCCGGCACAGCCUGGGCUCCACCGCCCAGCCCCCUGGCAGCUCUGACCCUCCCGGGAGCCCCAACGAACCCCGGCAACCGUGGGCCGUGGCCCCAGGCGGUUGGGGAAUGGGGCCGCGGGCAGGGGAGUGCCCCAACUUGCGUGAGCUGGAGUUACAGAAGGUCUCUUACAGCCUUGAGGAGCUGAGAAGGGAGGUGUCCUCGCUGACUGCCAGGUGGCAUCAGGAGGAGGGGGCGGUACAGGAGGCCCUGCGGCUGCUUGGGGGCCUGGGCGGCAGGCUCGACGGCUUCCUGGGCCAGUGGGAGCAGGCGCAGCGGGAACAGGCGCAGACUGCGCGGGGCCUAGAGGAGCUGCGGGGCCGGACAGAUGAGCUGUGCACAAUGAUGGAGCGAUCAGCAGUGUCUGUGGCUUCACUGAGGAGCCAACUGGAGGGGCUGGGCCCAAUGAAACCUAUCCUGGAGGAGCUGAGGCGGAGCUCUCGAAGAGGGUCUGACCUCCCCAUGAACCUAGAUCGGCCACCUCUAGGCUCCUGUGUCCGCUGUCCUAGUCAGGGGCAGCCGCUGAACACAGAGUCCCUGCAGCAGCUGCUGGAUGGAGCACUGACGCCGCUAGUGGACGAGGUGAAACAGAGAGGCCUGGUUCCCGCCUGCCCCAACUGCCAGAGGCUGCACAAGAAGAUUCUGCCCGCUCCGGCAAGCCCAGCUGCGUCUACACUCCUCUCCCCAGGAGCUGGAGCGCCAGGCCUUGGCCAAACACGUCAGGGCAGAGGCCCUCAGCUCCACCCUGCGGCUGGCCCAAGAGGAAGCCUUGCGGACCAAGAACCUGCUGCUGACGGACAAGAUGAAGCCAGAGGAGAAGGGGGCCACUCUGGACUAUCUACGCUUGAAAACGUGCUCCCUCCAUGAUCAACUCAGCAACCUGCCACUUGAGGGGUCCACAGGACCAAUGCGGGGAGGAAGUGGCGGGGCAACUCCCCCAACACGGGGGAGCCCG